AUGAAGAUAGCAUUAGCUAGCUACCUGGCGAGAGAUGUGCUAAUGGGUUCCGAGGUUAGGAUGGGUUAGAUCUCUAGUAUGGCAGCCAUUGGCCGGACUCUCCAUAGAGGGGUUAUGGUAGGGUCCCAAAAAAUGUGUGCUCUGGGCCUCUGACUCAUUUUCCUGAUGGAUUUCAGCUGCUAAUGUAUUCAUUUCUUUGGGAAAUAUUCCCUAAACCUACUCAGACGGGGUGGUUAUUGUAACAAAUGUUUUGGCUCGUGCAGUUCCCUCUUGUCCUCGCUAGCUUAAAAGCUUUCUCCUAAAAAAAAUCUUUACUUAAAAUCUCUGUAGAUGUUUGAAUAGACAAAGAAUGUUUGUAUUUGUUGUAACUUUACUGCAUUCCAUUUACAAAAGGGAGAUUACCUCUACAUACAGCAAGGUAGUAGAAGACGGCCCUCUUGCCAUCUCAUUUUUUGUCAGGCGGCACACACACACACACACACACACACACACACACACACACACAGACAGACAUUUUUUCAGGUAGGUCUACUCAAAGCCUGUAGAGACAGUUGAGGCAAGAGACCACAUGUGUCUUGGCCACGAACAUCAAUGAUCCCAAUCAACAUAAUAACCUCAGUCUUGACAGAGUAAUUGCUUGAAAUGUUCUUGUCCAUGAGAUAUUCACCUCUCAUUUGCCUUCUGCGUUGCUGCUGCUCAAGCCUUGGUGUAUGGAGUUGAUGCCCAGACAAUUAUUUGUUUUCUGAGGUAGCUUGCAAUUCUUUUUCUGCAACAUUUUAAACUUCCACUUGGUUUGUAUUGGACACCGUUAAGAGUUUCUGUGACGCGUUUGUAGAAAGUAAGUUAGCUUAGUGGGGAUUAGUCUGACCUUGAUUAAUAAUGUGAAGUGCAGAUACAACAUCUUGUGGUACAAAAGUCCAUACUGUGUAUUAGUGCAAGUUCUUCAGACCUAUUUUAAAUUAAGUGUGAACUCUGUUUCAGUGUGCUGGGUUGUAAAUUAUAUGUGCACUUGGAGCAACAGAGCUUGGUUUAAAGUAAAGGGAAAGGGGGAUACCUAGUCAGUUGUAUGACUUUAUGCAUUCAACUGAAAUGUGUCUUCCGCAUUUAACCCAACCCCUCUAAAUCAGAGAGGUGCAGGGGGCUGCCUUAAUCGACAUCCACAUCAUCGGUGCCCGGGGAGCAGUUGUUGUUGGGGGUAAACUGCCUUGCUCAGGGGCAGAACAACCAAUUUCCUUUAACGUUGUUGGCUCUGGGAUUCGAUCCAGCAACCUUUCGGUUACUGGCCCAACGCUCCUACCCGCCAGGCUACCUGCUAAUUGGCUUGUCCAGAUACAUCUUUGUUUCAUUAUUAUAUUUGAUUCCCUCCCUAUGUUCAGCCCGGACUUAUUUUAAUUCCUGAACAGGUGUGCAGCGAGAAAUACCGAUUUAAGCACUAAGAUGUUUUUUCUUUGUGAGAUCUGCACGUGUCUGUGAUGAGGAGAGGGUAAUGUUGACUCUAAUAAACAAAACAUCUCCUUCUGCAAAGCACAUUGACCUUAUUUCAAGAUUUUAUCUCCAGUCUUCAAGAUUCAGUGUAAAUGUAGAUGUUUAACAGUAGUUUACAGCUUCUUAAUAGCCUUAACCAGUAAGAGUGCCAGUUGGCUGCCUGCCUUCCGUGGCAAUUGAGUGAAUCCAUGGGCAACGGCUAUACAGGAGACACUUCUGCUACUCAACCGUAAAGCCAUCCAGUCGAUGACAUCUGUCCUCACCCCCAUCACAUUCUGCACCUUUAUUAGCGAUUGAAGACACCGAGUGCCCUACAUAAAAUACACGCGCUCCAUCACAAGAUUGACAAAUGUGUGUAUACUUAAUCUUGCUCUGAACUUUGAGUGACGGGGGAAAUGCAAACCCACUCCCCCAUCCCUGUCAUGGCAACGGAUGCGACAAGGAACGCGAUCCUGUACCAGUGGAUCGGUCUCCCUAAUGGUCUGUCUGUUAGUGUAACAAGAUAUUUAAAAACUCCCCUCAAUGACAUUUUAGAUCCCUCACUGUAACUGACCCGGGCUGGGGAGUCACAAGUAGGAUUUACGUGAGUCCUCUGCCAUCUCUCAUGUUCCUGUCCCCUUUUCCUAAUGAUCUGAAGAGGAAGACGAUCGAGAUGUGGCCUUUUUUUUCCAUAUUGCCAGAGACCAUCAAAUGUCUGCAUGAACUAAAUCACUAAUUUCACUAAUGAACUCAAUAUAUUUCACUACACCCGCAAUAACAUCUGCUAAGUAUGUGUAUGUGACCAAUACAUUUGAUUUGAAUAUGUAAAAACAUUUGAUAAAAUGCAAGUGCAUCCCUGAAGUAUUUUCAUAUAGGCUAUUGUGUAACUUUACCAUUUAGCAUCUGUUAGGAUGUUGAGCAUAGAAGGUGUUUAGAGGAAUGCAGUGAGGUGACUGUGCCCAACUGCCCUGCAAGCUACCAGUGCCUUGCAGUUUCAAUGCCCAACUGCGACACUUGGGGCACUCCUGACUCUCCUGUUCCCUCUGCUGGAAAAGGCAGAUAUUACAUGCCUUAAUUUGUGGACAUGCAUGCAACCCUGUAUGUUUGACGAUCAUUCAUUCACAAGGCUAAGGUUCAAGAUACAUGUCUCACCUGUUAUGAUUGCUUUACCUUUUCUCCUGCCUUGUCAAAUCAGAUUACAACCUCAUCAUUUGCAUGUCUCAUCUCUGAGUAUGUUAAUCUAAGACAGGGGUGUCAAACUAAUUUUGUCCCGGGGGCCACCUUCGAUCUUCAACGAGGUCCGGGGGGCCGCACUGAAAAUGGGUUAUAUUUCCUUGCCGUCAAAAUAUUUCCUUGCAUGGUUUUUGAAAUGUUCUAUACUCCCCGACUGUGUAGCUUUCAUUUCGUUGAUUAUUAGUGAGCUGGACACAGUCAAGAAACUGUAUAAAGGUAGGUCCAUUAUCAUUUCUACACUGUUUGAUUUGGUUUUAGUCUUUUUAAAGUAUACUGAACAAAAGUAUAAACAACAUACAACAAUUUCAAAGAUUUUACUGAGUUACAGUUCAUGGAAAAGAGCGUUGUGGGCCUGAUCUGUUAAAGCCACAAAGUUAAGCAUUGAUCCACAGUAAACAGCCUUCAUAGGGAAACACCUUUGAACACUAGAUGGGCCAUUGAGCUUGACAAUUUUCAUCACUGCAACUUCAAAGUUUUUACUGAGUUACAGUUCAUAUAAGGAAAUCAGUCAAUUGAAAUAAAUUCAUUAGGCCCUUAUCUAUGGAUGUCACAUGACUGGGAAUACAGAUAUGCAUCUGUUGCUCACAGAAAAGUAGGGGCGUGGAUCAGAAAACCAGUCAGUAUCUGGUGUGACCACCAUUUGCCUCAUGCAGUGCGACACAUCUCCUUCGCAUAGAGUUGAUCAGGCUGUUGAUUGUGGCCUGUGGAAUGUUGUCCCACUCCUCUUCAAUGGCUGUGCGAAGUUGCUGGAUAAUGGUGGGAACUGGAACACGAUGUUGUACACGUUGAUCCAGAGCAUCCCAAACAUGCUCAAAGGGUGACAUGUCUGGUGAGUAUUCAGGCCAUGGAAGAAUUGGGACAUUUUCAGCUUCCCGGAAUUGUGUACAGAUCCUUGCGACAUGGGGCCGUGCAUUAUCAUGCUGAAUGAAUGGCACGACAAUGGGCCUCAGGAUCUUGUCACGGUAUCUCUGUGCAUUCAAAUUGCCAUCAAUAAAAUGCAAUUGUGUUUGUUGUCCGUAGCUUAUGCCUGCCUGUACCAUAACCCCACCACUACCAUGGGGCACUCUGUUCACAACGUUGACAUCAGCAAACCGCUCACCCACACUAUGCCAAACACGUGGGCUGCGGUUGUGAGGCCGGUUGGAGAGACUGCCAAUUUCUCUGAAACGACGAUGGAUGCAGCUUAUGGUAGAGCAAUGAACAUUAAAUUAUCUGGCAACAGCUCUGGUAGACAUUCCUGCAGUCAGCAUGCCAAUUGCACGCUCCCUCAAAACUUGAGACAUCUGUGGCAUUGUGUUGUGUGACAAAACUGCACAUUUUAGAGUGGCCUUUUUUUAUGUCCCCAGCUCAAGGUGCAGCUGUGUCUUGAUCAUGCUGUUUAAUCAGCUUCUUUAUAUGCCACACCUGUCAGGUGGAUGGAUUAUCUUGGCAAAGGAGAAAUGCUCACUAACAGGGAUGUUUUUUGUACGUAUGGAACAUUUCUGGGAUCUUUUAUUUCAGCUCUUGGAACAUGGGACCAAGACUUUACAUGUUGCGUUUAUGUUUUUGUUAAGUGUAUAUUGAGUUUCUUUCCCCAACCACCCGCAGGCCGGAUUGGACCCCCUCGUGGGCCAGAUCCGGCCCUCGGGCCGUAUGUUUGACACCCCUGAUCUAAGAAGAACACCAGUAACAGCAUUGUUACUAGGACAGAGUUACUCCCCUUGGAGAGAUUGUAUGACCUGGCUUUGUGAUGUUUUAUUCUGGUCCUAUCCCCCCCUGGAUCAAAAUGGGGCUUAGAUUGUGGGUGGGUCGGGCAGUGGGCUACAUUUUUGCGGCCCUUGGCCAUAGAGACAAAAUGUUGCUGUUCUGAAGCCAAUUUCCAUGAGGCAGGGAGAAAAAAUUGCAUUUUUAAAGUCCUACUCCAGUCUCCUUUUCAGCUCCUCUAUCACCUGAUUUACUUAACAAAAGGCACAUCUCAAUAGGUGGUCCAGGUAUCCUCAUGAUAUGACACAAGUGGAGGGGCUUUCCUGCAAUUCUACACAUUUUGGCAUGGUUUAUGCCUUGUUCUUAUGCUAUCUGAGUGACUCAAACAUUAUAAAAAAUCAUGCCAUGACAAAAAUACUCCUGAUUGCAUACAGUGAUUGUUAGUUCUACGUAGUUUAUAUCUGGUUUUAGUCUAUUUAGUUUACACUGAAAAUGUUUUACCAUCCCGAAAAAGUAUAUAUCAAAUAAAAAGAAAUGGACUGUUGAGUGCAUUUGGUGCCCGAAGCUUGAAAGGUCCCAUGUGUUCACAUGCCUAAUCGACAAUGAGCAGUCAUGGUGGUGAUCUUCCCAUCAUACAUCUAAAGCAUGGAUUAAAAAUGUCAUAGAUUAUCUGUUCAUGCCCAGAGGCAGUCCUUGUUAUCCUAGACUGGGCUAGGAGACAUCAUGAGGAUUGGUGUCUAGACUGGAGUGGGUUGUGCUGUGAUUACAUGAGCAGGAUUACUAGCUUCAGGUUAGUACUGUAUUAGAAGGCAUUAUAAAAUAAUAUUAGUUGAUGCUCAUAGAUGGAUUCCUCCUUAUCUAACUCUGAUUCCAAAACUGGCACAUAGCCUAGUAAGCCUACACUGUUUAUUAUCACAUUCAACUUCAUUCUUCAGUAGUCCACAUCACCUAGGCAUGACCAGUAUUGUUGCUCCUAUGGCCACAGCUCGAAAGAUUUAGGAGGCUUUAGCUGAGCUGAGGUAGAGUUGAUAAGAUUAGAUCCUCUGCUUGCCCCAAUAGAAGACUAGUUUGCCUUUUUUUGUAAGAUUCUAUUUUUAAACAAUCCAAAACAUCCACUUACAAAUGACAACAUACAGACGCACACAACCAUCUCCAGCGCCCGUAUCACUCUCUGCCACAUGGCCUCAAACUGCACCAUUUUGUUUCUCUCCGUCGUCCACACACGUAACAUUUUUAGAUAAUAAAGCAUUUGACCUUUCCAUUGUGUUAACGAUGGCAGAUUGGUUGAUUUCCAGUUUUUAAGUAUAUGUUUUUUCAAGAUGAUUGACGAGAAAAGAAUCGCCCAACCCAUCAGGUAUCUUACUGCACCCUCAUAUGCCAUGUCUUGAAAUAUGCAGACAAACGGAUUAAAAGUACAUUUACAUUGUAAUACUUCUGACAGCCAACUUUCUAACUCCGCCCAUAACUUUUGGAUUUAAGCAACAAGGCCCGAGGGGGUGUGGUAUAUGGCCAAUAUACCACGGCUAAGGGCUGUUCUUAUGCACGACACAACGCGGAGUGCCUUGGUACAGCACUUAGCCGUGGUAUAUUGGCCAUAUACCACAAACCCCCGAGGUGCCUAAUUGCUAUUAUAAACUGGUUACCAACGUAAUUAGAGCAGUACAAAUAAAUGUUUUGUCAUACCCGUGGUAUACGGUUUGAUAUACCACGGCUGUCAGCCAAUCAGCAUUCAGGGCUCGAAUCAGCAACUAUUCUUCCUGGGGUCCACACAAAAACAAAACAUGACAAGUAACAAAACACUGAUACACUGAUAGACAAGAAUAGUCACACAAAUGUUAAACACAACAAUAUACAAACAAUACAACUACAGAAUGUGUGUGUAGAUUGUGUGUGAUAGUGUCUGUGUGUGUCAUUUCACAGUCCUUAUUGUGCCAUGAGAUGUUGUCUUAUAAAGAAUGUUGGUUAAGGGGUAGCAGACUUUGCAGUUUGUUUUUGUUGUUUUUCUUUUUUUGUAUUGAAUGGCACAACAGGCGAGUUCAUUAUGCGCGUGACUCAUCCCACUAGCCCACACCUCCUCCCCAUCUGUUGCUGUGCUUUAGAUGGGAGAGGGAAACGCCAUUGAUCACCUCUUCUCUCACACAUGCACGCACACACCCCACCUCCGACAUCACUAUCGAUCGGCAUGUUUAAUGUUUUUGUGGGGAAGGGAAGACAUUUCCCAUUGUCAUUUUCCAUCUGUUGGUCACCAAAAAGCCCUUUUUGUUAUUGCAAUGUGACAAAAGGCAGAAGUCAUAAGCCACAGACAACUUGACUGCAAUGUUUUCCUUUCUUAAAAAAUGCAAUGGUUAGGGAGCAUCCGCUGUUGACAGUUGAGACACACUGAGAACAAUUUCCCUUCCAACCCAAAAUAAAUAGAUAUAUGGUUGUAAAGGCACAGGAAUAAAAUAAUAUAUUGAAAGUAUAGUACGGCUAAACUUUGGGUUUACUGAACACUUAUGGUUAUGUACAUGUGACCGACUGAGUUCGAACCCGGUUUUCUGCACACCACAAGACUGUGUUAGCUCACUGAGCUGAAUCCAAGUCUUCAACUCUCAGGCAAUGCACAAGCAUGUCUUACCAAACCAUCUUCAUUAAACUUUACCCCCUUUGACGAUCUUAUUGCAAAGACCGAUCUGAGACAUGGCACCAAUGUCAACGAAUAGGUUAAAACCUGGCUGUCUUGCAUGCCACAAGACUGUAAGCCCACUGAGCUAAAGCCUAGGCAUUCACUCUGGGAGCUAACAUAAGUCUUCAGGCAAAGUUACUCAUCAGACAACCAUCAUGAACCAGCUCAUACAGAUGAACUGAAUACGUUGGUAGGGAUCUACACAUUCCUGUUAUCAAAACAAAUUCUAUUCAAAGGGAUUUGUGGUCUAAUCAAAAAAUUAGAUGCUUGCUGUUUUCUUUCUACCUUCAUAAUGUUUUUCAAGGCCAUACCCCAUUACAUUGGGAGCAUAACAAUAUGACCACAGCUGCUGUAAUUGGAUGCAAGUGUAAUGUAGAUAAUUGUACUGUAGGCUGCUCUGUAAUUGGGAAUUUGUGCACUACAUCAAUCAUUUUUACAUAGCAUUUUUUAUAGUAGAAAAAGAAAAUGAAUGGAAAGGCAGUAAAAUAACCUUUUGUCACAGUUUAUGUGGACAGGUUGGCCCACACCUUCUGUUUGACAGUCACACAAAAAAGGCAAGCAUGUCCUGACAGGGGAAAGCUCUGUCUCUGUGACAGGAUCAAAUAAAAAACAUACCUAGUGACGUUUAAACCCCUGUUCAACCCCUGCCCCCCUGAUCUUCCUUAAAUACAUUUGACAUUUUAGUCAUUUAGCAGAUGCUCUUAUCCAGAGCGACUUACAGUUAGUGAGUGUAUACAUUUUCAUACUUAGGGCAAUAGAGCGGAUCAUGUGUGAAACAGUUAGAGGAGACAAGACUAGAAUUUGAUGGUCGCUCACCCAGACUUUGCCGACAACUUUUAAGACACACAAGUUGGCAAUUUGUUUCCUUUCCAAAAUGUAGAGAUGUAUUUUUUGGAGGGUUUAAAACAUUGACAUGUAUAUACAGUGGGGAGAACAAGUAUUUGAUACACUGCACAUUUUGCAGGUUUUCCUACUUACAAAGCAUGUAGAGGUCUGUAAUCUUUAUCAUAGGUACACUUCAACCGUGAGAGUCGGCAUCUAAAACAAAAAUCCAGAAAAUCACAUUGUAUGAUUUUUAAGUAAUUAAUUUGCAUUUUAUUGCAUGACAUAAGUAUUUGAUCACCUACCAACCAGUAAGAAUUCCGGCUCUCACAGACCUGUUAGUUUUUCUUUAAGAAGCCCUCCUGUUCUCCACUCAUUACCUGUAUUAACUGCACCUGUUUGAACUCGUUACCUGUAUAAAAGACACCUGUCCACACACUCAAUAGGCAAGCAGCUUGGUGAGAAGACAACAACUGUUGGCGCAAUUAUUAGAAAAUGGAAGAAGUUCAAGAUGACGGUCAAUCACCCUCGGUCUGGGGCUCCAUGCAAGAUCUCACCUCGUGGGGCAUCAAUGAUCAUGAGGAAGGUGAGGGAUCAGCCCAGAACUACACGGCAGGACCUGGUCAAUGACCUGAAGAGAGCUGGGACUACAGUCUCAAAGAAAACCAUUAGUAACACACUACGCCGUCAUGGAUUAAAAUCCUGCAGCGCACGCAAGGUCCCCCUGCUCAAGCCAGCGCAUGUCCAGGCCCGUCUGAAGUUUGCCAAUGACCAUCUGGAUGAUCCAGAGGAGGAAUGGGAGAAGGUCAUGUGGUCUGAUGAGACAAAAAUAGAGCUUUUUGGUCUAAACUCCACUCGCCGUGUUUGGAGGAAGAAGAAGGAUGAGUACAACCCCAAGAACACCAUCCCAACUGUGAAGCAUGGAGGUGGAAACAUCAUUCUUUGGGGAUGAUUUUCUGCAAAGGGGACAGGACGACUGCACCGUAUUGAGGGGAGGAUGGAUGGGGCCAUGUAUCGUGAGAUCUUGGCCAACAACCUCCUUCCCUUAGUAAGAGCAUUGAAGAUGGGUCGUGGCUGGGUCUUCCAGCAUGACAACGACCCGAAACACACAGCCAGGGCAACUAAGGAGUGGCUCCGUAAGAAGCAUCUCAAGGUCCUGGAGUGGCCUAGCCAGUCUUCAGACCUGAACCCAAUAGAAAAUCUUUGGAGGGAGCUGAAAGUCCGUAUUGCCCAGCGACAGCCCCGAAACCUGAAGGAUCUGGAGAAGGUCUGUAUGGAGGAGUGGGCCAAAAUCCCUGCUGCAGUGUGUGCAAACCUGGUCAAGACUUACAGGAAACGUAUGAUCUCUGUAAUUGCAAACAAAGGUUUCUGUACCAAAUAUUAAGUUCUGCUUUUCUGAUGUAUCAAAUACUUAUGUCAUGCAAUAAAAUGCAAAUUAAUUACUUAAAAAUCAUACAAUGUAAUUUUCUGGAUUUUUGUUUUAGAUUCCGUCUCUCACAGUUGAAGUGUACCUAUGAUAAAAAUUACAGACCUCUACAUGCUUUGUAAGUAGGAAAACCUGCCAAAUCGGCAGUGUAUCAAAUACUUGUUCUCCCCACUGUAUAUUUUUUUUAUUUGUGGCUUGGAGUCCUGUUUAUCCUUUUCCUGUUUUCUAAACCUCCUAACGUUCUGUGCAUGUGCAAAAACCUUACGUAGAAAAAAACUGCUGCUAUCGGCAACAUCGUUCAAUAGCCUACUCAACUGGACUUGGAGUUCAUAGCUUUCAAUACAAAUUUGGUGACUCUCUUUGCUGUUACUGUCAAAAUCACUGUCUCUGCAAAGAACUAGAAAAGGUAGCCAACAUUUCCAGGAGUGUUCUUACUCAAUUAGACCUACACUAGUUACGCAACCAUCUCUGCAGCAACAUCGCUCCGGACUGCGCAGUUACGGUACAUCGCUAAAUAGCCAAGUUAAAAUCCUCUACAUCUAAAAUCCUUACAUCAAAUUUGUAUUUUUAUGACAGUGCCGUGGAAAAGUAUUUGUCCCCUUAAUGAUUUUUUCUAUUUUUGCAUAUUUUUUAUACUAAAUUAUCAGAUCUUCAACCAAAACCUAAUAUUAGAUAAAGGGAACCUGAGUUUACAAAUAUAUUUUUAAAAAUUAUACUUAUUUUAUUUAUUUAAUUAACAAAGUUAUGCAACACCCAAUUCCCCUGUGUGAAAAAGUAAUUGCCCCAUUACCCUCAAUAACUGGUUGUGCCACCUUUUAGCUGCAAUGACUACAACCAAAUGCUACCUGUAUUUGUUGAUCAGUCUCUCACGUCGCUGUGGAGGAAUUUUGGCCCACUCUUUAUUGCAGAACUGUUUUUAUUCAGCGUGGGUUUUCAAGCAUGAACUGCUAAUAUCAAGUCCUGCCACAACAUCUCAAUUGGGAUUAGGUCUGGACUUUGACUAGGCCAUUCCAAAACUUCAAAUGUGUUGCUUUUUAGCCAUUUUCAUGUAGACUUGAUUGUGUUUUGGAUCAUUGUCUUGCUGCAUGAUUUAGCUGCGCUUCAGCUCACAGACGGAUAGCCUGACAUUCUACUGUAGAAUUCUCUGAUACAGAGCAGAAUUCAUGGUUCCUUCUAUUAAGGCAAGUCGUCCUGGUCCUGAGGCACCCGAGCAUCCCCAAACCAUCUCACUAUCACAACCAUGCUUGACCGUUGGUAUGAGGUUCUUACUGUGGAAUGCAGUGUUUGGUUUUCACCGUGGGACCCAUGUAGUCCAAAAAGUAAUACUUUUGAAUCAUCUGUCCAAAGAACAUACUUCCAAGUCUUGAUGAUCAUCCAGGUGUUUGCAGGUGCUUUUUGGCAAACUUGAGUCAACUUUUUGGACGAGCUGGGUCCCAUCAUGUCUAGCGAAAACCAAACACUGCAUUCCACAGUAAGAACCUCAUACCAAUGGUCAAGCAUGGUUGUGGUAGUGUGAUGGUUUGGGUAAGCUUUGCUGCCUCAGGACCUGGACGACUUGCCUUAAUAGAAGGAACCAUGUAUUCUGCUCUGUAUCAGAGAAUUCUACAGGAGAAUAUCUGGCAAUCCGUAGGUAAGCUGAAGCGCAGCUGGGUCAUGCAGCAAGACAAUGAUCCAAAACACACAAUCAAGUCUAUAUGAAAAUGUCUAAUGGCUAAAUGUCUGUAGCUCACUGGUAGAGCACGGCGCUUGUAACGCCAAGGGUAGUGGGUUCGAUCCCCGGGACCACCCAUACACAAAAAGUAUUCACGGCAGAAUGUAAGUCGCUUGGAUAAAAACAUUUGAAGUUUUGGAAUGGCCUAGUCAAAGUCCAGACCUAAUCCCAAUUUAGAUGUUGUGGCAGGACUUGAAAAUGAGCAGUUCAUGCUUGAAAACCACAAAUGUCGCUCAGUUCUGCAUGCAAGAGUGGGCCAAAAUUCCUCCACAGCGAUAUGAGACUUACCAACAACUACAGGAAGAAUUUGGUUGCAGUCAUUGCAGCUAAAGGUGGCACAACAAGUUAUUGAGUGUAAGAGGGCAAUUACUUUUUCACACAGGGGAAUUGGGUGUUGCAAAACUUUGCUAAUUAAAUAAAUAAAAUAAGUAUAUAUUUUUUAAUUUGUAAACUCAGGUUCCCUUUAUCUAAUAUUAGGUUUUGGUUGAAUAUCUGAUAACAUUCCGUUUCAAAAAUAGAGAAAAUCAGAAAGGGGCAAAUACUUUUUCACGGCACUGUUUGUGGUAGUUGUUUACAAGAUAGCUUUAUCAAUUGUUCUAUGUUCUAAAAUUAGCUUGAAAACGAAACAAAUAAGCAUUUGGCUGAUGAUGUAGGUUACCGGUAGACUGAUUCCAACCUGGAAGUAAGUGUAUACUGGUUCGCCGCCAUUCAUUUUCUGCCGGUCGACGUUCCAAUGCUAUGGCGCAUUUUGCGUAAGGUUUUUGCGUAGCACAUUCUUUAAAUCAGUCGUUUAGAAAAUGGAAAAGGAUGCCAAGCUUAGGCCUUAAAACCUGUUCAGGACUAAUUCUUGUACCUGUUUUGCUAUGCCCAAAUAUUUGUUUUCUUCAGUGCUGUAUCAUGAAUAAGGUCAAAGGUAAAUGGCGUUGUUUCGCCCUACACGAAAGCAAUAAAGCACUGCCUCGCGUGCCUUAUUCCUUUUAUAAAACAUUUACCAACAUAUUAAAACAACAAUAAAAUACACAUUUUCAUAAAAAAUAUAUAAAUAAAGUAAAUUCUUCCACCAGAGGAAAUAGUCCUUACAGAAGUCUGGUCGUUAGUUAUUUUCGUCCUGUUGCUACAGAUGCGCUCCAGUCGUUAAUGAUUUUUGUAUAUUUACUAUGUAAAAGGACUGGUCAUCCGUUCUAACAAAAAUGGUUGCUAUGCAGGCUGACUAACGUUCCUGACCAUUUCUAGCUAGCUAGCCAACUUCAGCUAACUCAGUCAUCAACCAUUGCUCCUGGAAUGAUAGUACACUAGCUGCAUUUUCAUUUGUUUUAGCUUCUUUUCUAUUGGCAUUUACUUGGAUAUAUCCAUAAUAAUGACGUUGAUGCGUGAUAUCGCCUGGCUGGACACCAGUCCGCACUUUAUGUAGGCUCCAGGGGAGUUUGCAUUUCAAAAGUGAAACAAAUCUUCAGAGGCCGGACAGGCAGACUGCCAGGCUUAUAUUAACCCCUGCUAUACCAAACUAAAUGCUAGGCUGGAAGCAAGGGGAAAUAAUGUGCAAUUGGAAAAAAUAAAUACAAUAGGUGAUUUGGACAGCAAUGUGAACAUGAUGAAAUUCUUAUGGAGGCACAGUGUUAUUUCAGAUCGAACUGUUAGCAGGCAUAGUGGUUUCCACUAGAUUAUAUAGCCACAAAGUCAAAAUUGUCUAAAUCGUAAAACAUUUUGCUUUUUUUGUCUUAAUUUAAGGUUAGGGUUACGCUAACCCAACAUAGCAAGCGUAAAAGAAACACCUGAAACUAGAUCCCCUACAUACUGGUUUUGACGAGAAGGAAAAAAAAACUGUCAGGGGAGGUUCUCUUCUACACUGUUCAACCAAUCCAGUAAAUGUGGAGGAGGAGUUAAGAUGGAGUGUCACCUUGUUAACGUCCAAAAGCAGAAGUCUUGUCACAGGCUCUCUCUAUCCUUUCCAUUUCCCCUGAAAACUGGAACAUCCGGUUGUUGGGGACUCGGCAGAGGUAAGGGUUAGGCAUAAGGUUAAAGGAUAAAUUGUAGAAAUUGGUGUGGUUUAGCAAUAAUUAUAACUUUGUGGCUGUAGGUCGUAAUCAAUAAAAUGUCACAUUAAGGUGCAGAGCGUUCGACUUUCCUGCUGGGGGGCAAGGAAACCUGCAGCUCGUCUAAAACAAUUGACAACUGCGUGCUAUUUUGUUAAAUAAAUGUUAACUAUUUGUUUGUAAUAUCAUCCAUCACCUCUUGAAGAGCAUAGUCAGAACUACACAUUUCUGAUUAUUCCAUGCAAAAUAAUUGGUACACAUUUAGCUCUAUCAUGAAAGUUAUAGGCCUACAGCAAGUAACUGAAUGCUUUUCAUGAUCAGUAAACAUAAAUUGGUCAUUUCAGAUAAGUGAGGGUAGCCACACGAUAUCUCUCAAUAUUGGCCACCAUUAAUAGGAUAUUUGAAUGAUAUAAAAGUUAACAAUGCCUGACAAGUAUACAGUGAGGGAAAAAACGUAUUUGAUCCCCUGCUGAUUUUGUACGUUUGCCUGACAAAGAAAUGAUCAGUCUAUAAUUUUAAUGUUUAGUUUUAUUUGAACAGUGAGAGACAGAAUAACAAAACAAAAAUCCAGAAAAACGCAUGUCAAAAAUGUUAUAAAUUGAUUUGCAUUUUAAUGAGGGAAAUAAGUAUUUGAGCUAUCUAGCUACAUGACAAAUGGAUCUGGCUACCCUCACGUACAGUGGGGGAAAAAAGUAUUUAGUCAGCCACCAAUUGUGCAAGUUCUCCCACUUAAAAAGAUGAGAGAGGCCUGUAAUUUUCAUCAUAGGUACACGUCAACUAUGACAGACAAAAUGAGAAAAAAAUAUCCAGAAAAUCACAUUGUAGGAUUUUUAAUGAAUUUAUUUGCAAAUUAUGGUGGAAAAUAAGUAUUUGGUCAAUAACAAAAGUUUCUCAAUACUUUGUUAUAUACCCUUUGUUGGCAAUGACACAGGUCAAACGUUUUCUGUAAGUCUUCACAAGGUUUUCACACACUGUUGCUGGUAUUUUGGCCCAUUCCUCCAUGCAGAUCUCCUCUAGAGCAGUGAUGUUUUGGGGCUGUCGCUGGGCAACACGGACUUUCAACUCCCUCCAAAGAUUGUCUAUGGGGUUGAGAUCUGGAGACUGGCUAGGCCACUCCAGGACCUUGAAAUGCUUUCACUCAAAAUCUGGCGAUACAUGGCCCCAUUCAUUCUUUCCUUUACACGGAUCAGUCGUCCUGGUCCCUUUGCAGAAAAACAGCCCCAAAGAAUGAUGUUUCCACCCCCAUGCUUCACAGUAGGUAUGGUGUUCUUUGAAUGCAACUCAGCAUUCUUUGUCCUCCAAACACGACGAGUUGAGUUUUUACCAAAAAUUUAUAUUUUGGUUUCAUCUGACCAUAUGACAUUCUCCCAAUCCUCUUCUGGAUCAUCCAAAUGCACUCUAGCAAACUUCAGACGGGCCUGGACAUGUACUGGCUUAAGCAGGGGGACACGUCUGGCACUGCAGGAUUUGAGUCCCUGGCGGCGUAGUGUGUUACUGAUGGUAGGCUUUGUUACUUUGGUCCCAGCUCUCUGCAGGUCAUUCACUAGGUCCCCCCGUGUGGUUUUGGGAUUUUUGCUCACCGUUCUUGUGAUCAUUUUGACCCCACGGGGUGAGAUCUUGCGUGGAGCCCCAGAUCGAGGGAGAUUAUCAGUGGUCUUGUAUGUCUUCCAUUUCCUAAUAAUUGCUCCCACAGUUGAUUUCUUCAAACCAAGCUGCUUACCUAUUGUAGAUUCAGUCUUCCCAGCCUGGUGCAGGUCUACAAUUUUGUUUCUGGUGUCCUUUGACAGCUCUUUGGUCUUGGCCAUAGUGGAGUUUGGAGUGUGACUGUUUGAGGUUGUGGACAGGUGUCUUUUAUACUGAUAACAAGUUCAAACAGGUGCCAUUAAUACAGGUAACGAGUGGAGGACAGAGGAGCCUCUUAAAGAAGAAGUUACAGGUCUGUGAGAGCCAGAAAUCUUGCUUGUUUGUAGGUGACCAAAUACUUAUUUUCCACCAUAAUUUGCAAAUAAAUUCAUAAAAAAUCCUACAAUGUGAUUUUCUGGAUUUUUUUUUCUCAAUUUGUCUGUCAUAGUUGACGUGUACCUAUGAUGAAAAUUACAGGCCUCUCUCAUCUUUUUAAGUGGGAGAACUUGCACAAUUGGUGGCUGACUAAAUACUUUUUUCCCCCACUGUAUCUGAAAAUACAUUAUCAAUUGAUGUUUACUGAUUGCUGUAUUUUAUUUAUUUAUUCACUUUUAUUUAAUCAGGGGACCCCAAUUUGAGACCAGGGUCUCAUUUUCAAUGGUGGCCUGAGACCCCAAAGCAAAAGGGCAUUUUGAUAAAUGGUGUCGCCAUAGUCCAUAACUGGAUGGAAAGUGAUUGUACAAUCAGCUUCCUGCUGUUUAGAGCGAGGCAAAAUCUAUUUCUAAAAAAGAAACCCACUUUAAAUCUUAGCUUUAUAACUAGCUCUUCCGUAUGUUUUUUUUAAGAGUAAAAUCUUUAUCAAUCCAAACGCCCAGAUAUUUAUAGGCUGGAACCCACUCGAUGAGAGAACCAUCCACUGAGUAAAUAUGUAGUCCAUCUGUGACAUUCUUGCCUGAAUUAUAGAACAACAUAUAUUUAGUUUUGCCCGCAUUAAGUACAAGUUUUAAAUCAACAAGGGCUUUCUGUAAUGUUACAAAAUCACAUUGCAGCUCUAACAUAGCUUGGUCAACAGUUGGUGCAAUGGCAUACAUAACAGUAUCAUCUGCAUACAGAUGAAUAUUACAGGAUUUAAUGUACCAAUGUUAUUUAUAUAAAUAGUAAAGAGGACAUUUUACGAUUUCAUAUGCUUUGAACAACCUAUUCAACAACCUGUUCAUGAAAAAUGGGUGAAUAUGGCCUGAAUAAGAAAUACAAUCUAAAUAUAUAUACUAUCAACUUUACAAAUGACAUCCUAUAAGAUUUCAGCUGCCUUAUUACUGUAAUAAUUCAUAUAACUAAUGGGUUGGGAAAAGUAUCCUUAUUUCUUGCAGCACUGCCUUGAUUCAUUCUUUCCUCCCCUCCUGUACACCGCACAGAGUUGGUUAGUGACUCUACGAAUUUGUUACGAUCUCAGCUUUUGUCUCCUAUUUUCUCCACAUUUUGUCCUGCUGUAAUGAAUUACGAAUUAUGGCUCUCUACAAAUUGUUCAUUUUUUAAAAUAUAAUUUGUUAUAAAACCAUUUGUGUUUGUCAUAGAACAGCUAGUUGCUAUCUAUGUGGAAGGUUCUUAGCUUUCCAACGCUGUGUUGCAUAUGAGGGUGCGACGUAUCCUUCCACCAUAAAUGUACGGUCAGUCUGACCAGCGAAUGAAAGUUUAGGCGGGACUUCCCAGCCUCCAAUGGAUGUGGAUAUGUAACCCGAUACCCCAGAGUCUUCAAUUCAAGCUGGGAACCGUAGCUGUUAGCCAAAACAGUUGGGAAGUGAAUAGACUCUACAUAGAAUAGACUAAAUAGCCUUGGUUUCUCAAAUGACUGCCUCUCCUGUUUCACCAACUACUUUUCAGAUAGAGUUCAAUGUGUCAAAUCGGAGGGCCUGUUGUCUGGACCUCUGGCAGUCUCUAUGGGGGUGCCACAGGGUUCAAUUCUCAGGCCGACUCUAUUCUCUGUGUAUAUCAAUGAUGUCGCUCUUGCUGCUGGUGACUCAGAUCCACCUCUACACAGACGACACCAUUUUGUAUACAUCUGGCCCUUCAUUGGACACUGUGUUAACAAACCUCCAAACGAGCUUCAAUGCCAUACAACACUCCUUCCGUGGCCUCCAACUGCUCUUAAACGCAAGUAAAACUAAAUGCAUGCUCUUCAAUCGAAUGCUGCUAGCACCCGCCCGCCCGACUAGAAUCACUACUCUCGGCGGGUCUGACUUAGAAUAUGUGGACAACUACAAAUACCUAGGUGUCUGGUUAGACCGUAAACUCUCCUUUCAGACUCAUAUUAAGCAUCUCCAAUCCAAAGUUAAAUCUAGAAUCGGCUUCCUAUUUCGCAACAAAGCCUCCUUCACUCAUGCUGCUAAAUAUGCCCUCGUAAAACUGACUAUCCUACCGAUCCUUGACUUCGGCGAUGUCAUUUACAAAAUAGCUUCCAGCACUCUACUCAGCAAAUUGGAUGUAGUCUAUCACAGUGCCAUCCGUUUUGUCACCAAAGCCCCAUAUACUACCCACCAUUGUGACCUGUACGCUCUCGUUGGCUGGCCCUCACUACAUAUUCGUCGCCAAACCCACUGGCUCCAGGUCAUCUAUAAAUCACUUCUAGGCAAAUCCCCGCCUUAUCUUAGAUCACUUGUCACCAUAGCAACACCCACCCAUAGUAUGCGUUCCAGCAGGUAUAUCUCACUGGUCAUCCCCAAAGCCAACACCUCCUUUGGCCGCCAUUCCUUCCAGUUCUCUGCUGCAAAUGACUGGAACGAACUGCAAAAAUCUCUGAAGCUGGAGACACUUAUCUCCCUCACUAACUUUAAGCAUCAGUUGUCAGAGCAGCUUACCGAUCACUGCACCUGUACACAGCCCAUCUAUAAUUAGCCUACCCAACUACCUCAUCCCCAUAUUGUUAUUUAAAUUGUUAUUUAUUUUGCUCAUUUGCACCCCAGUAUCUCUAUUUGCACAUCAUCUUCUGCACAUCUAUCACUCCAGUGUUAAUACUAAAUUGUAAUUAUUUUGCACUAUGGCCUAUGUAUUGCCUUACCUCCAUAACUUACUACAUUUGCACACACUGUAUAUAGAUUUUCUAUUGUGUUAUUGACUGUACGUUUUGUUUAUUCCAUAUGUAACUCUGUGUUGUUGUUUUUAUCGCACUGCUUUGCUUUAUCUUGGCCAGGUCGCAGUUGUAAAUGAGAACUUGUUCUCAACUGGCUUACCUGGAUAAAUUAAGCUGAAAUAAAUAAAUAAAUAAAUUACAAAUAUAUAAAAAACUGACUGAUCUAUAAGCGAAUUACCUUGAUAAAACAAGUUAUCUCUUAACUGGUUCAUGCUCAUUGUGUUUUGUUCACUGGAAGAGAACAACUCUGUAGGUAUUUUAAAAAGAUGUCUGGAUGACUCAAUUAUUUUACAAACCACUGAGAAGUAAAAGAGAGAAACAGCUAGGUAGUGAUUUUCUCAGAAAAUAAUCAAUGGGUAAUUUCUACAAAACUAGGUAGUGAUUUUCUCAGAAAAUAAUCAUUGGGUAAUUUCUACAAAACUAGGUAGUGAUUUUCUCAGACAAUAAUCAAUGGGUAAUUUCUACAAAACUAGGUAGUGAUUUUCUCAGACAAUAAUCAAUGGGUAAUUUCUACAGGCACAAAUACUUUUGACAAAUGUCAUAAUUUUUAUUAACUCUGAUUUGUUGAACCAUUUUACCAUUUGUUGAGUUAAAUGCUCAUGCACAGACAGCCAUUUCCCCCAACCCCCAUCCCCCAUCCCCAGUGAUGAUGCAGAGAGUGAUAAAGUAUGUGCAAGGGCUGAGCUUAUAACUCCAGAAGGAGAUUGGAAGUAAAACUAAUUGUAAAUAUUUACACAAGGUACUAUUGGGGAUAAGUCUUUAUUGUUCAGUGGCAUUUGUAUUUAUCAGGACACAUAUUGUGUGAUGUGUGGGCGUAGCUUAGAUCGUCCAGGGAAUUGGGGUCUGGGGUGUAGCUUGGACUGCAGGCUGAGUUGAGAAAGAUCUUUCAAGAGGGGCAAGGAUGACUCACACAUUGACUUUUGGGUGUCUAUUUUUUAUAUUUUUAAUUUAACCUUUAUUUGUCUAGGCAAGUCAGUUAAGAACAAAUUCUUAUUUACAAUGACAGCCUACCCCGGCCAAACGCAGACGACGCUGGGCCAAUUGUGCGCCGCCCUAUGGGACUCCUAAUCAUGGCCGGAUUGUGAUACAGCCUGGAAUCGAACCAGGGUCUGUAGUGACGCCUCUAGCACUGAGAUGCAGUGCUUAGACCGCUGCGCCACUCGGGAGCCCCUAGUCGUGUGUGUUUUAUAAAAGAGACACAAACAGUACUGUUAAAAGGUUCAUCAAAUGUUCACAACUAUGUUUAAGUGCAUGAUAGCUAUUAAUACAAUGGCAAUAAUAUAUCAUAUAAUUUCAAUUAUAUCAUUGGACAUUUCAUGAUUAUUUUGUAUGUUAUAGUGUAGUAGAGCAUUAGGAAUUGAGGUAUACUUACUAAUCAUUCUCUGAACGAUCACCUUAGAGAUUAGCACUAUGUAUAGGCUAACUGAUAGAGGGUUGUCAUUGUGAGGCCUCUGAAAGCACUGUCCUUGACAUCAGCCUACCUAUAGCCUAUUGUCUGUGUCCAUAGGUUUUUCUGGACAUGACCUUUGGAGGUGGAGGUCACACCAAAGCCAUCCUGAGGGCCUCUCCUGAGGUGACAGUGCUGGCCCUAGACCGAGACCCCACAGCAUUCAGCUUAGCUCAACAGCUGGCCAAGGAACACAGGUGAUUGCCUUUUUUAUAAUAAUUACAGUGGUAUGUAUAAUAUGGAUACAAAUUGUACUUAAAAGUCACAUUUCACAGAUUUGCAAGUCAAAUGUAAAUACAUUUGUUUGCAAAUGUAAUCUGCAUGUAGAAAUGUCAAUGAACAUCAUUGACAUUUCUUCUGGAUUUUUAAAAUGAGGCCCUUCUUUUUUCCCCAGAGUCAGAUGAACUUAUGGAGACCAUUUUUAUGUCUGCGUGCAGUUUGAAGGAAGUUGCUAAAUCACAUUAGCGCAAAUUGUGCUAACGUUAGACGCAAAGACAUAAAAAUGGUAUCCACGAGUUCAUCUGACUCUGGGAAAGUAGAUAAAGGACCUCAUUGCCAAAAUCCCAAAGGAUCCCUUUAACACAUCUUAAUGUGCAAUCACAUAAAAGUAAUUGUAAAAUGUGUAGGCUACCUACAAUGCAAUUAAUUACACUAUACCUGCUUACAUUGAUUAAUGUAUACAUGCUUUAGAGACACUUAUUUGAAGUGAGACUACAAAACAGAAUAGACACUCUAGUAAAAUCUCACCCACAAUAGCUCAACUGCCAAAUGUGAUUGGUAUGUGCUUGCAUUGUUAAUGCUGUUAUGUGGGUUAUUUUCCCUCAAAGUUAUACAGUCAACAAUUUCUGGAUCAUAGUUUAGAUUGAAGGUUAGCUAGAUCACGAUACAGCCUUUCACAUACAUCCCACCUCCCAACCCUCUCCACCUCCCUGCCAACCCUCAAACCCUGAAAAGAAACUCAUCACUGAGUAACUGCUGCUAAAGCCCCUCGUUUCACAAUCCAUCCACAUCCAUUGUGUCAGGGAGACUUAAACCCAGUCCCCCCACGCUUAGCUGGUGGGCCUGGCGUCUCAUUUGUCAGAACAGGGGCCCCACGGCCCCAGUGUGAGGGAGAUGCUGCCUCCCACUGAGGUUCCGUGAGUGGGAGGUAAAGAGAGAGGAGAGCCCAGCAAACUUAGAAGAGAGAGAGGAGGGAGACACCAGGACACUGUGUUUAAUAAUGAGGGAGAGAGGGAGUGUGUGCGAGAGUGAGCGAGAGCGCAUGAGGGAGGAUGAAAAUUAGAUGUUCCUAAGACCAUGGCGUGGGUAGGAAUCCUUUUACGUAGAUUCUGGGGAAACCUCUCUCGGGGGGAUUGUCUGCUACAGCAAUGCGCCUAUGAGAGGGGGAUGAGACAGAAGAGAGAAAAUCAGAGUACGGCAUUCUGUCAGCAGCAAUAUACCCCGGCUAUAAACCCUUCCACACCCACUCACGAUGUGAGUUGAGAGAAGCCAGAGAAAUCUAGCAAUUAGCCAAUAUUAUUGGAAGCCUGUAUAAAAGACCCUUGCAGCCCACGCAAUGCCUCCUCACAACAGGGCUGGGGAGCAUUCUCUUCUCUCUCUCUCUCUAUCCUCCCAUCACUGAUUUCACUUCUCUUUUGCCUUGCAGAAAGUACAGCCUUGAUGCAAACUAUUGAAGAGCGAUGUAAAUCUGCAUUUAUGUAAUUGCUUAGAUUACAGCCCAGAGGAAGGGAUUUUCAAGCGUAGUAGAUGCCCGGACAACUUUCACAUUGGGUGCAGUGGUCGGAGGGGUAUCCUACGAAGGAAACUAGCUCUACUCAGGGUUUUCUAAAGCUAACCUGCUUCAAUUUGCUUCAGAUUUCAGCUCAGGCUUCAUCCGUACUACUACGGUAUGAAGCCUGCCGCUAACUCUAGCAGGCUUGUAACUGGUGUGCAUGUCACACAUGGCUAGUCCAACACCAAACUCUUCAUUGAGACAAUGCUGAAACAUCAAUCCAUGGGCGAGUCAGUGCCACGUUUUCAUUUGUGCCGAAAUCAAAAUGAAAGAAGGCCGGGACGAUACCAGUAUCGCAAUAUUUUUUCCAGGCCAAAAAUGAAAACACGAAGCAGAUCAAACUCUUUGGUCCUUUAAAAACCUGCUGUAAGUAAAAUAUUGUGUGCUUUAGCUUGAAAAAUCUCUAAAUGUAACUCUGAAGGACAUCAUAAUGAUGUUUGUUUCCAACAUUAGGGCUGUGUUUCCUAAAGAAGGUAAAUCUGCUUUGUGUUUUGUUUCCUUGCCACUACACUAAUGAGUAUCGCGAUACUGGUAUUGUCCUGGCCCUAAUGUUGAGACGCAAUUCUCUAUUCUGAGUGUGACAAUAUUGUGGAGAUUCUAUGCACUAGUCUAUUACCAGAGAUAUCUUUCUUAUUGCUAUUACUUACAUAAAGGGGGCUUUAUGUGUGUGCCACAUUUAGGUAGAAAAUGAACAAAAGCCACAUCUGGGGAAAAAAAGAGAAAGUCAAUUACUAGUGAUUGGUGUUUGCAUGUCAUUGAUUUGCAGGGGGUGAUUAGCAUUUAGCAAGAAACCUGAUGUAUCGUGUUUACUAUAGACACCAUUCCACUCUCCUAGGGCGACAAUCCAUAAGAAAUCUGGUGAACAGGCCUGCCAGGGAGAAGAAAGAGGCAGCGACAUUAGUUGUGGCACUCUACUGAGAAUCUACGUAGCUCUUACUCUCUUUAGUCUUAGGCUUACAUCUUAAACACAUCAUGCUACAUUUCUGUCUUUUUAAAUUUAGUUUAAACUUAGAGUUGAGGUUGCUUAAGUUCACAUUCCAAACCAAACACAAGCAUCUUUCGCCGGUGGUACUUUGUGUGUGUUCUUUUUUCAUGUCCUGUAGAUAUUUUCAUCACUGCUCCCCUGCUGAAAGCAAUCAAUCAGCAUCUUGUCUUAGGCCUUAGUGACGCAGGUAGAGGAACUGAGCAGGUCAGCACUGGGGAAUAUUUCAGACUUGAUUUGUGGAGAGGCAGCGCGUCAUGUUGGACGCACGCAUGCACGCACACACACACACUUAGCACUCAACGGUGAGGACUCCUGGCACUUUUACCUCAAGAUGGGGCAUUGGGAGGGGAAUGGCAUCUGAGGAUGUGUGUUUUCAAGUGCUGCUGAAAAUAGUGCAUUUUUGUGGAAUGUGUAUAGUUCAGGUUACAGUCAUGAAAACAGAGGACACAAUCUUUACACAGUACAUCCGUACUCUACAUCUGUCUCAUCCGCCAGAGGAAGCGCUUAAAAGAUGAAACAAACCAACGAAGGAAUAUCUGUAGGAAAACUUUAUCUGCUCUACUUCAAAUCCAGAAAACAAGUGACAAGACGUUCAUAUGAAGAGGACUGCAGCAGCUCAAAGCUCCCUUCCUUUAUCAAGGUCCUGCUCCAGGGCACCAAUACUACCACCAAUACUUACUUCCAGGAUGGGCCUACAGUACACAGACAGGGGAAGGGCUCUCUUUUUAACAUUUGUGGACAACUGGGGACAUUUGCUGGAGCAAACUGAGUAGCAAAAAUAGAUGCAGGCUGAGCACUUCUGGAAAACCUUGCCAGAAAUAUGAAAUUGGAACAUGGUUGAUUUUGAAAGACUGAAGUUUCGCAGUUUUAAUGGCCUAUCUUCACACUUCCUGAAGACCCUAAUGGAACUUAAAUGGAAGCAGUUCCCAAAACCCCUUUUAAUGUGAUACGUGACAUGGAAGUUGCAGUGACUACAGACAGUCAGUCUAACAUCUCAUCUGAAGAAUGGUAGUCUUUGCAAGGACAGUAUCCCUAGUCACCACCCUGGGGCAUUUGGGGUCUACUUUGUCCAGAGGGAAGAGUGCCCCUACUGGCCCUAGUUUGACACAUGCGCGUGAAGGAGAGUGGUUGUAACAAUAACCAGUUCAUAUUUGUUUUUUUAAAACAAGGUUGACCUGCCUGGAGCCCUCUUACCUCACUCAGCAGGGCAGGGCAUCCUCCAGCAUGACUUAAGGUCAUUAAAUCCACCAUAUGCCCCAAUGUGGUCUUCUCUUCAAUCAUUUAACAUGUUGUAGGUGGGCCAGGGGAGAUGGCAUUUAAAACAACAACAACCUUUUAUUCAGUUAUAAGUUAAGAAUGAUGUCAAUGUUGUGGGUUGCACAACUAAUUUAUAUAUAGAUCCGUUUUCUAAAGCAAUUCUAAGCUUAUACUUGGACCACACACACACACACUACUGAAACUGGUCCUGUUUGAAUAAUAUAACACCUUAUAUAAGGCAUGUAUAUAUCCAACCCUGUGUCUAAGCCACAUAAAGAAGUUAAUAAUUAAAAAACGUUGUGUAACUGUUUAGCAUAUUCUUAAAUCCUUCUGUGGCUGACAGAAACCGAGCAUCGGAGCCUCCUCAGUGUGUAGGGGAAGGUGAGUUCAACCCGCAUAGCUGAGGGUGUUGAGCUCCACAAGUGUUAUGGCCAUGUAGAAAAAAGUACCAGGAACUUAAAUAUAGUAACUGAAAAUGGUAACUAAUGAUAAGGAAAUUGCCAACUUGGCCAGUGUCUCAUCUCUUGCAAUUAUCAAUUAAUGAAGUCCAUAGAUUAAAAUCCCUUACUAAGAAAGCUCCAUCAUAAUCUUUUGUAGUUCAACACAUUUUUGCCAUAACUACUAUAAGAAGAGUUUGUUAGGGUCUUUCUCUCUUCAUUACUUAAUCCACCUCUUCUCCUAGCCUGCCUGCCUUAUUGCUGAAGACAAUGUAAGAUUUGUGGAGGAGGCUAGAAGAGUUGACACGACACCAUCUGUACCAAACCAAGUUUCUGAUUAAACCUUACGAUGCAUUUAAACAAGUCAACUACCUGGAUGAAAUUAAAUGUAUCUCCACACACAGUAUAGUUUACCAUGGUAACCAAGUUUAAUUGAAUUAGUGGGAUAACAAAGGUUUGUAAAUGUUGCUUUUAUGGCCAUGAAACAAUGUAUGGAUAAUAUGAUAUCCCUCCAAUGGAUAUGAUAUCCCUUCAGUUUUCCUUACACUUUAUUACAAUUUAUACCCAAUGUAACUUUUUAGGGGUCUUCAGUCUCUGAAGGGAGUGAAAUACAUCAAGAGUCCUGAUUUGACGAAAACAGUCUUAAACCAAUGAGCUGCUGAAGCCAUAAAUUCUCAGCAUAUUGACAUAAGGUCUUACUGUAUACUGCAUCGGUACACAGUAGGCAUGGUUGCUCUGUCUGGGGGCACUGCUCUGUUGAGAUGGGACCGGGAGGGGGUGGACGGGUCUGUGAGGCACGUGGGUGUGGAGAAUGCCUCGCUAUAGAUUUUACAGCAAUUAACGACUGCAGCGAAGAAUGAAAAACUUCUAGAGCAUGAUAAGGAAAAGCCCUGGCCUGACAGCGCGGGCGAGAUGCUCCCCUCAACCCUUGGCCUCUCAAGCGUCAGUGGGUGUAUAAACACAAGGACCCCAAGGCCUGCUUGGUAACGCCCCUUGCUAAGCCGUUAGUGGGAGAGACCUUAUCGAGAUGGCCACUGCUAUUAUAGCUUUAUUGCAGCAAUGGGGGUCUUUUAUUUCAUUUUAAUAAGACUCUAUUGAGAGGAGACUAGAGGAGGUUAGAUGCGGAGGAAUCGCAAUUGUCUGCGGUGCUGAGAUGCGGAAGACGUUAUAAGUCAGGUUGGUGUGGUGUCUAAGACCCCUCCUCUGCCUGUCCCUUUCUGUCUGCCAGUGUUGGGUGGCCCUGUUGGCCCCUCAGGCUGAUUUAUGGCUGCCCCUCUAGCUCACACCAGCCAUCAUCUCUGUGCUCACUGUCUGAAAAGGUCACAUGAAAAAUGCAUGACUGUGAUGGGAAGAACCCACCACCUGUGUGCGCGGCAGGAGGCUGUGUCUUGUACAGGGCUGUGUGUUGAGGCAGGAGGCUGUGUCUUGUACAGGAAGGAUUUGCAUGGGCAUGGGGUUCAGAGGAGACGGGUGUUGAACAGCAAGGAAAGGGUGACUUUUUCUGUCAACCACUUUAGCUUAAAAGGUUACUUUUAUAGUGCAUUUUCUUCUCAUUAGCAUUCAUAACAAACAGGAAAUGUCAACCGGUGUUCUUGUACAAAUUAUUGUACAGUAUUUCUGACCUGUGUUGAAUGUGUUUACAUAAUCUGUACCCAUUUCUCCAUGUCUCUUUCCUGACAUUUAAUUAUCUGAUUAAAGGUUUUCUCCAUCCCUCCCUCCCCCCCCCCCCCCCCCCCCCCCCAGUGGCCAGGUGCACCCGUUACUGGGGCGUUUCAGUGAGCUGGGAGCCCUGCUGUCUAGACUGAGGUUGCAGCCAGGUAGUGUGGAUGCUGUUCUUCUGGAUGCUGGCUGCUCCUCCAUGCAGAUGGACUGUCCCGAGAGAGGCUUCUCCCUCAGUAAAGAUGGCCCUCUGGACAUGAGGAUGGAUGCAGACAGGUGGGACCACGCAUAAUCACCGCUACACAGUCGCACAAAGCAUUAUUGUCAUUUUAUGUCCAUCACUAUGUAUUAUAGGGUAGCAUCAGUGAAUAGUAAUGAUAUAGGCCUAUGUGUCAGGAGGAUACAUUGAACUACCGUCAGCCCAGGUUACUCUAACAUAGUAUUUGUGUUCCUCAACACACAUACGGCAUCUCCUUCCUACUGCAUGCUGGGAAAUGUUAUAAUCUGAAUUGGCACUUUUAUUUCCCUUCUUCUGUCACUGGCCAUGAGAGGAAUGUCAUUUGGGUCAACAAUUUAUUCCCAUAGGUACAGUUGAAGUCGGAAGUUUACAUACACUUAGGUUGGAGUCAUUUAAAACUUGUUUUUCAACCACUCCACAAAUGUCUUGUUAACAAACUAUAGUUUUGGCAAGUCGGUUAGGACAUCUACUUUGUGCAUGACACAAGUAAUUUUUCCAACAAUUAUUUACAGACAUAUUAUUUCACUUAUAAUUCACUGUAUCACAAUUCCAGUGGGUCAGAAGUUUACAUACACUAAGUUGACGGCGCCUUUAAACAGCUUGGAAAAUUCCAAAAAAUGAUGUCAUGGCUUUAGAAGCUUCUGAUAGGCCAAUUGACAUCAUUUGAGUCAAUUGGAGGUGUACCUGUGGAUGUAUUUCAAGGCCUACCUUCAAACUCAGUGCCUCUUUGCUUGACAUCAUGGGAAAAUCUAAAAUAAAUCAGCCAAGACCUCAGAAAAAAUGUGUAGACCUCCACAAGUCUGGUUCAUCCUUGGGAGCAAUUUCCAAAUGCCUGAAGGUACCACGUUCAUCUGUACAAACAAUAGUACGCAAGUAUAAACACCAUGGGACCAUGCAGCCGUCAUACCGCUCAGGAAGGAGACGCGUUCUGUCUCCUAGAGAUGAACGUACUUUGGUGCGAAAAGUGCAAAUCAAUCCCAGAACAACAGCAAAGGACCUUGUGAAGAUGCUGGAGGAAACCGGUACAAAAGUAUCUAUAUCCACAUUAAAACGAGUCCUAUAUCGACAUAACCUGAAAGGCCACUCAGCAAGGAAGAAGCCACUGCUCCAAAACCGCCAUAAAAAAGCCAGACUACGGUUUGCAACUGCACAUGGGGACAAAGAUCGUACUUUUUGGAGAAAUGUCCUCUGGUCUGAUGAAAAUAGAACUGUUUGGCCAUAAUGACCAUCGUUAUGUUUGGAGGAAAAAGGUGAUGGCUUGCAAGCCGAAGAACACCAUCCCAACCGUGAAGCACGGGGGUGGCAGCAUCAUGCUGUGGGGGUGCUUUGCUGCAGGAGGGACUGGUGCACUUCACAAAAUAGAUGGCAUCAUGAGGAAGGACAAUUAUGUGGAUAUAUUGAAGCAACAUCUCAAGACAUCAUUCAGGAAGUUAAAGCUUGGUCACAAAUGGGUCUUCCAAAUGGACAGUGACCCCAAGCAUACUUCCAAAGUUGUGGCAAAAUGGCUUAAGGACAACAAAGUCAAGGUAUUGGAGUGGCCAUCACAAAGCCCUGACCUCAAUCCUACAGAACAUUUGUGGGCAGAACUGAAAAAGCGUGUGCGAGCAAGGAGGCCUACAAACCUGACUCAGUUACACCAGCUCUGUCAGGAGGAAUGGGCCAAAAUUCACUAAACUUAUUGUGGGAAGCUUGUGGAAGGCUACCCGAAACGUUUGACCCAAGUUAAACAAUGUAAAGGCAAUGCUACCAAAUACUAAUUGAGUGUAUGUAAACUUCUGACCCACUGGGAAUGUGAUGAAAUAAAUAAAAGCUGAAAUAAAUCAUUCUCUCUACUAUUAUUCUGACAUUUCACAUUCUUAAAAUAAAGUGGUGAUCCUAACUGACCUAAGACAGGGAACUUUUACUAGGAUAAAGGAAUUGUGAAAAACUGAGUUGAAAUGUAUUUGGUUAAGGUGCAUGUAAACUUCUGACUUCAACUGUAUGUGCACAUUGAGCACUCAUAAGGCCUGGAAUUUGUAGGCAAUCUAUCCAUGCCUCCGAGGACUUUGAUAGUGAUUUGACGUGAGCUUUUCAAAUUGACAGGUAUUAUGUUUCUUAGGAAAGGAAUGGCAAUUGUUAUUGUAUAAUCAGUAGGAUUCCGCCGCAUCAGCCAACCCUUGCAGCAGCAAAAUGAAAAUUAGCGAUACAUCUCACGGUGGCAAAGCAGAGUGGUUCAUAAACUAGUAUCUCAUGUUAGUGUUGGAUUAAGGAAUGAGUCACUCUUGCUGUGGUAGAUGAACAACAUAUUAGGGCUUAGAUCAGUUUUUUACCUUUACGUCCCAUUUACACUGUAAAAACCCAUCUCAGUCAAUUAUGUGUUUUAUUUUUGCCCCAUUUGAGGAACCUCAUAGGCAAUGUAUUUUAAACAUUAUUUGAAGCUACAUAUUUUAAAGUAUCUUAUGACAACAAAAACAGAGACAUGGAGCACAAUAUCCUUCGUUUUUAGGUUAUGAUAAGGUAUGACAGUUGUACUAAACUCAUUAAGGCAUUUUAUUGUAAUUCAUAUUCCUUAAAAAAAUUUUUUUAUAUUUCUAUUAUAUUAUCCUCGUUCUGUUACCCUAGUUGACAUGACCAAUGAACCCCUUUAAAUAAUUGUUCAUAUGGCAGAUCUCAAGUUCAGAGAUUGUAGUCUACACUGUCUAUUUCAGGGUCUACUGUGCAGGUGAUGUUUGUAUGCCUGCUCCUUUUCUUUGCAUUCAAAUCUGUUGAGGUGUAUGUAGAAUUUUAAUAUGCGGAAGGUCAGCAUUCAUUUUUCCUGUGACAACCGUUUGCACUUGUUUUCCAGCACCAACUAAAACGACACAUCAUAUGUAUGAUCAUUGGCACAUUAUUCAUCUAAAGCGUUAAAUGUAUUGUCCUCCCAACAGUUUUUUGUAGUUAUAUUUAUGUAUUUCUAUCCACACUAAUUAUGUUUCUCUAAUGAGAUGUACCGAGAAUCUGUCGAUGACUAAAUGGAGACAAAUGAACUGGCAAAUAGACAUAUGGCUCUGCCACUGGCUACAUCUCUCUUGUUAGCCACAGAGGUUUUCAGCUGUGUCUGAGAGUUGUCAGCCUUCGCCGCUGUCAGCAAGGACGUGACGUCAAGCAGCCUAAUUGGGCUCUUCUUUGUGCGUAGGUACCCCGACAUGCCCUGCGCCACUGACGUUGUGAACGGCUUAGAUCAACAGGCUCUUGCGUCCAUCCUCACUGCCUAUGGGGAAGAGAGGCACGCCAGGAAAAUAGCCUCGGCCAUGAUGGAGGCACGCAGUGUCUACCCCAUCACCCGGACACAGCAGCUGGCCAGGGUGGUGGCAGGUACCCUCAUUAAUUCCCUACAUCGUCUUAGAGGCUCAGGGCAGAAAAGGUAGGGAAAUAUUAAGCCCCCGUCUCCCUGUGGGACCUAUUUGUCUGGGCAAAAAUCACGAUGGCUCUAAUCUCAAGCAUCAUCCUCUCCCGUCUGGGUUUUGGACGCCUCUCACACCCCUUUCCUGAUGAGAUUACUAUUAAAAAGGAGGAGAGAGGUGCGUAGGGUGCGGCUGCCUCUCUGACAAGAGAGAGUGACUACUUCUCUUUUUCACACGAGCCCCCCCGUUCUCCCAUCCCCUCCCUCCCUCCUGUCUUCCUCCUCCCCUUUGUUGCUUUUGAUUUCGUUUCCCACCCUACCUCAUUUUAUACCCAUCCCCGCACCCCUUCUCGUUCACACAUGCACACACACACAUGCACACACACUCAUGCACACACACUCAUGCACAGAUUGAGGAUGGAUCAUCAUUUUUUAAUGCAUUUUGUAAAUGUUUUUUUUUGCCUCCCUCUGAGAGCUCGAAAGAGAGGUCUUCUCAAUGGCUGUUACGCCGCUACGUGCGUCACACAGGGAGAACAGGUGUGAGGAAGGACAGUUGUUUGAUCUCUUUUGAAGAGCAGAGCGAGUCACCAGCAAUCUUUAUUCCAAUCAAUCCAAGAGGUCCUGACUCGUGUGGGUCCCAGCGGGUCAGCUAGGCUGCUGGUGACACCGUUGCCUAGGGAAGAAUGCUAUGUGGGCGGAGGGGAGGGGAGGUUGUAUUUGUGGAAGGGGGCACACUUUGUAGCAUGACGGUUGGGGGUGUUCAGGACCAUAAUGACAGUGUGCUAUAGGGUUAUUGGACGGGUCUCUCUUUCUUUUUCUCUCUCCAUCUCUGUCAACCUUUUUGCAGGCACACUUAGAUCUGGGUGCAGAUCUCUUAAGCCCCAUAGACUACAGUGGCAGGAAGACUUCCAGACUGUUUGGCCAUGUUGGGGUGCAGGGCUUAUUUUGAGCCAGGGCUCAACACUGCCACUGUCUGUGUUUGCUACCAAUAGCUCUGCAGCUCUUCUAUAAGGAGUAGUAGCCCCGCCUCCUCCAUCUCCUUUCCAUUGGCCUGUAUUAUGAAAAUGUAGAGACGUACUAAAUCAAGUUGUUCCUGCCUCAAUAGAGCCAUUCAGAGUGUACUGAACGUAAUUCCUAAAUGUUUUUGAAUUUGAUGAAUCUGUUUGUAUUCCUGUUUAGCAAAGCUAGCUAAAGGACAUGGGUCUGAUGUCAUGAGGAGAAAAACAAUACAGAAAUAGACAAAGCAGUCAAAUAAAUAUGACUUAACCGACCCAUAGUUUAUAUAAAUUGAUAUGAAUACAACAAUAAAUGUUUGGGGUGUGAUAAACAAUGGCAACAAUCCACUAACAGAUGAAAUAUUAGACUAUUUGAAAUAAUUGUGUGUUUUGCUUACCUACAUUUGCAUAACACAAUCAUGCAGUUUUGCUUCAGUUAUGGCUCCAAUACAGUGGGGAAAAAAAGUAUUUAGUCAGCCACCAAUUGUGCAAGUUCUCCCACUUAAAAAGAUGAGAGAGGCCUGUAAUUUUCAUCAUAGGUACACGUCAACUAUGACAGACAAAUUGAGGAAAAAACAUCCAGAAAAAUCACAUUGUAGGAUUUUUAAUGAAUUUAUUUGCAAAUGAUGGUGGAAAAUAAGUAUUUGGUCACCUACAAACAAGCAAGAUUUCUGGCUCUCACAGACCUGUAACUUCUUCUUUAAGAGGCUCCUCUGUCCUCCACUCGUUACCUGUAUUAAUGGCACCUGUUUGAACUUGUUAUCAGUAUAAAAGACACCUGUCCACAACCUCAAACAGUCACACUCCAAACUCCACUAUGGCCAAGACCAAAGAGCUGUCAAAGGACACCAGAAACAAAAUUAAAUUGUAGACCUGCACCAGGCUGGGAAGACUGAAUCUGCAAUAGGUAAGCAGCUUGGUUUGAAUAAAUCAACUGUGGGAGCAAUUAUUAGGAAAUGGAAGACAUACAAGACCACUGAUAAUCUCCCUCGAUCUGGGGCUCCACGCAAGAUCUCACCCCGUGGGGUCAAAAUGAUCACAAGAACGGUGAGCAAAAAUCCCAGAUCCACACGGGGGGACCUAGUGAAUGACCUGCAGAGAGCUGGGACCAAAGUAACAAAGCCUACCAUCAGUAACACACUACGCCGCCAGGGACUCAAAUCAUGCAGUGCAAGAUGUGUCCCCCUGCUUAAGCCAGUACAUGUCCAGGCCCGUCUGAAGUUUGCUAGAGUGCAUUUGGAUGAUCCAGAAGAGGAUUGGGAGAAUGUCAUAUGGUCAGAUGAAACCAAAAUAUAACUUUUUGGUAAAAACUCAACUCGUCGUGUUUGGAGGACAAAGAAUGCUGAGUUGCAUCCAAAGAACACCAUACCUACUGUGAAGCAUGGGGGUGGAAACAUCAUGCUUUGGGGCUGUUUUUCUGCAAAGGGACCAGGACGACUGAUCCGUGUAAAGGAAAGAAUGAAUGGGGCCAUGUAUCAUGAGAUUUUGAGUGAAAACCUCCUUCCAUCAACAAGGGCAUUGAAGAUGAAACGUGGCUGGGUCUUUCAGCAUGACAAUGAUCCCCAACACACCGCCCGGGCAACGAAGGAGUGGCUUCGUAAUAAGCAUUUCAAGGUCCUGGAGUGGCCUAGCCAGUCUCCACAUCUCAACCCCAUAGAAAAUCUUUGGAGGGAGAUGAAAGUCCGUGUUGCCCAGCGACAGCCCCAAAACAUCACUGCUCUAGAGGAGAUCUGCAUGGAGGAAUGGGCCAAAAUACCAGCAACAGUGUGUGAAAACCUUGUGAACACUUACAUAAAACAUUUGACCUGUGUCAUUGCCAACAAAGGGUAUAUAACAAAGUAUUGAGAAACUUUUGUUAUUGACCAAAUAUUUAUUUUCCACCAUAAUUUGCAAAUAAAUUCAUUAAAAAUCCUACAAUGUGAUUUUCUGGAUUUUUUUUCCUCAUUUUGUCUGUCAUAGUUGACGUGUACCUAUGAUGAAAAGUACAGGCCUCUCUCAUCUUUUUAAGUGGUAGAACUUGCACAAUUGGUGGCUGACUAAAUACUUUUUCCCCCACUGUAUAUACAUUCUAAGCCGAUUGUCCCCCACCCCAUUCCCUGCCAGAGUCAACAGUAAUGCCUAAUGAGCCCUCCCUACCCCCUCUCGCUUGCACCCCAGCAUCUAUUUUGUUACAAAUGAAGCAGUGGUGGUUGGGUUGUUGAAGGUGUUGAGACACCAUAAUGACAGGUGCCUUGGGAGCCUUUCGCUCCCCCCACUCACUCACUCCCUCCCUCCAUCCAUCCAUCCCCCUGUCUCUCUCUUCCUUCCUUUGUGUAAACCCACACAGCUGUGGCUGACUGAGGUCCCCCAAAAAUAAUCAUUGGGGGGUUGACUGUCACAUCAGCCCUACCAUGGAAUUGCAAAUUUUCCCUCAUUUAAAUAUAUAUAUAUAGAAAGACCUCCUAACAUAUUAUUAUGGAGAGCAAGCCAUUUAGCCCAUAUAGCAUUGGUCAGCAACAAGUUUUUAGUAAAAAAAAUCUUUCUUUGUCAAAUAACACUGUAAAAUCACCAGGAAUUCAGCUGAAAAUUAGUUUAAUUCCCACGAAAAUAGAACAAGUUAUGUGAUCAUGUCUCAAUGUAAUCAAGGUAUGACAUUAUUGUUAUUUUAAAAUACAAUCUCUUUUUAGUCUUAGAUGUGGUCAAUCUGCAGUGUAAAAAAUAUAAUAAUAAUGUUCCGGCCCUCUGACCAUCCGCUCCGACAAAAAUAGGCCCGCGGAUGAAUCUAGUUGCCUACCCCUGCCAUAUAGGCUCUGUUAUUCAGUGGGUCAGAGUGGUGUAUCUAACCACUAAACAUUGAGAGUGCAUGGGGCUCACUGGCUGCCUCUUGGGAAAUGCAUCUCAAAUGGACUCAAGUUGUUGAGAGUUAAUGCAGCAGAGUGAACAGGCACAUGCUUGAUAUGGUGAUGGACGCAGCUAGUGAGGAUAACAUGAUUGACUGUUGUAGGAGUGUGCGGCCUUUCACCCCCCAACCCAACAUUCACUCGUGAUGGAUGCAGUUAGUAAUGGCUGUUAGCCUGGCAAUAAAUGCAGUGUGUCAGUGUGAAGUUUGCCCAGCUAAUUGGACACCCUUGUUUUCUUCAAUUACAAAUUAAUAUCCCUUAGCAUUGCAACACUGUGUUGAUUUCUAAAUCACACUUUCCAAUGUAAAACAACCUCAAAAUAAUCGUCAUCUGCAUGUGAUGAUUGAGCCAUCAUUCCUAGCGAUGUUGGUGUCUGCAACUUGGUGACAUUUGGCAUUGGUGUUUCACUAACCACAGACCGUGAAUGAGGUGGUGGUUUCAGCUCACAAAAACUAAUAAUCACCACGGCACAAGCCCAAGCUCCAUGGAAAGUUCACGUGCAGUCAAUUGCACUCAUGCCUCAAGCCCUGACAAUAUUCAUGAUGUAAUACAUCCUCAAGUGCCUCACUGCUUUAUAGAACACAGGAUUUAUGAACUAAUAAUGAAGCAUCACUCUGAAAUACUCUUGUGCAUAAACAUGCAGCGAAUGGCUGCCUAGGAAUGGUUCUUCCAGGACUCCAAAUGAAGCCAUGUAAUUUGGAUCCAUCUUAUAUUUAGUGGUGUAUUGUUCCACAGUGCAAUACUGUCCUUAUUGAGAAGUAAUUGCUGUAAUAUGAUUGUGACGUAAAUGCCUUUCCCUGACCCCCUUUAUAGAAACACAAAUAAUAUGGAAAAAACAUCUACCUUGAGUCUAAACAGCUCAACAGUAGUGAACCAGCAGCGAUACCCUUUCAUUUUAUAGCAAGACAUAGACUCCAUCAUGUCAGCCUUCAGACCAGACAAUCACCAGGGGUAACAUCACCUGGAGAAAAAUUUUAUUUAAACAAGGGCAUUCUUCUGUUUCUUAGACUAAAUUCUUCAUUAAUAAUGAGCUGUGCUACAGUUAUUGGAGCAGUAUAUCCCGGUGUGCAUCCAUUUACCUGGCUAUUCUAACUGCUACUUAGUGUGUUGCCAUCCUUUCUCAGUCCUUAGCUAAGAGUCAGUGGAAUGAUAGAUUAGGUGAUGGCACUGACUAUGGCGAUGGUUUUCCUUGGAGAGCUGAGUCACCAAGACCACCAGUGGUUGGGUGCCACUCGCUCCACCCAGCAUCCUUUUAACUUGUUUCCUCGCACUCUAUAUAAUCUUGCAACUCAGCAAGUGAAAACUCGUCUUGGUAUCUAUUUUAAACCAAUUCUGCUCGAUUUUGCCAAGUUCCCUUAUUUUUUGGCAUUCUUCCAGAUUUUAUGUCAUGGUUGUAUCGAAUAACAUUAGACAAAGGUAUUUUUUCGACUAUUAUUUAUCCAUUAGCGAUGAAGACAAAGUGAUCAGUCUUAUAAAAAAGGAAUAACCACUACAUCCCAGAGGGGUUUUAGAGCUCCGCUGCCUCCAACAGGUCUGGAGGAUUUGGUGUCUGUUUGGCAAUGCUAUUUGUUCAGCCUGUUCAGUUGAUCAAUGAGAUUGUUUGGAUAUAGCUAGAUUUGUGUUUCCUUUUCCCAGUCUGCUGCUUUGUGGCAUCUUUGCUUAUUUCUUUCUCAUGCGCUCUAGCUGUGGGACCCUUGAAAGAUGAAUUAGAGAGAGAGAGCACAACUUGGUGAGGCUGGGCCACGGCCGGGGAGCAGGUUUUCUAUUGAUUGCUGGGUGACUCACACUCAGUGCUGUUGAGCGCAGGAGGAGAGAAAUGCCACACUGCUCUCUCUCCCUUGCCACCUCUCCCCCUCCCCCCUCUCUCUUUCUCUCUCUCUCCCUCUUGCUUGCGGUCUCUCUCCCGCUCUCUCUCUCUCUCUCCCUCUCUCCUCUCCUCUCCUCUCCUCUCCUCUCCUCUCCUCUCCUCUCCUCUCCUCUCCUCUCCUCUCCUCUCCUCUCCUCUCCUCUCCUCUCCUCUCCUCUCCUCUCCUCUCCUCUCCUCUCCUCUCCUCUCCUCUCCUCUCCUCUCCUCUCCUCUCCUCUCCCUUCCUGUCUUCUCCUCUCACAUACACACAUGGGCUGGGUCCUACGUCAAUGCUGGCAUUACUCUGGACAGGGGACACCAAAGCUCCAGAUAGGAAACAGAGCAGUGCUUCAGCAGCCUGGAAGGCACUGCAGUCUGGAGCCCUUCCCUGUCAAUCAGUGCCAGGGAGCAGGGAGGAGUGGUUGUGCUCUUAACCCAGCACAGAUUGUUUUGUGGCACUUCAAACAGUACAAAAUGCAAACAUUACCAUCUGAGCUUGUUUGAACACAGUCUGUCUGAACACCGCGUCAUCAAACAGUACAAGCAAAGGCAAUCAUUAUAGGCCAUUUCUAGCAAUAGGGGGGAUGAAGAGAGAGUAAUCUGAAAGAGAGCCACAACUUUAUUUUCAAGUAUUAUCACAAGCACCUGUUUAUUUACAGGUUUUACUUACUGUCAUUGUCAAUCACAUAUUAAAGCUGCCGCCUGGACAGGAUAUGGUAAAAUGUGGCUGUGAGUGGGGCUUAUUCAGACUGGAAGUGUGGUUAAAAACUAAGAGUCAUUACACAGCUGUGAGACUUCUGUUCUGGUCUGUUGCUGAGAACCAUGAGUCUCCUGGAUAGAAUGUGAAACAUUUCAGGUAUGCUGCUCUCCAGAUGAAUAACAUGCUUGAUUGAUGUCAUGUAAUUUGUUUGAUUUAUUUAAAAUAAAAGCAUUUCUUUGUCUCUAGGAUCUUUUGCAGCCGGCGCUCUCUAUGCCCGCAAAGAUCGGCUUCAGCGGCCCUCGCACAUUGCCACCAAGACAUUUCAGGCGCUGCGUAUGUUUGUCAACGAUGAGCUGAAUGAACUGCAUGCUGGACUCUGCACUGCUCAGACUAUGCUUAAACCUGGCGGCCGGCUCUGUGUGCUGACCUUCCAUUCACUAGAGGACCGCUUGGUAAAGCGAUUUCUCCAUGGAGAGGAUUUAGGUGCCCCACCCCGUCGGAAUCUCCGUCAGAGAGUCAAGCGAUGGGAGGAAGAGGAGAAGAGAAAGAUGGGGAAAGGGACAGUGGUCACUGGGUUGACCUGCAGAGAGGGGUGCUGACGCCACAGGCAGAAGAUGUACUGGAGAACCCACGAGGACGCUCAGCCAAACUCAGGGCAGCAUUCAAACAAUAA